AGACGUUUGAUGGGCCCACCCCCCACCAAGCCCCCCCCACCACCACCAGGAUCUGAACUAAUGCAUGCUAAUGAUGCAAUAGUGGAAUGGACCAGUGAGAAUACUGAUGAUGCUAAUUUGGCUAAAUAUGCAGACAGUGAAGAUGAUGAAGUCAGUGAUGAUGAACAUAGCACCCAAGCUAGCACUGAUAGCAAUGAAGAUGCUAGUGAGCAUAGCGAAGAUGCUAUAAGUGUGUUAGCUCAAGCAGCAGUGGAGGAGGUGAUGGAGGCUGCAGUCAGACAGGCACCACUCUGUGGUGUUAAUAGUGCUAAUCAGGAUAGCAUUAAUGCUAACUUUGCAGUUGGCUUUGAGGCACAGCCAGCUACCCCUGAGGCUAACAGCCCCACCAGACCCUGCUCAGUCCUGAGCUGCAGACCUGCGGGGACUCAGCAUUACUAUGACAACAAAGAUUCAGAUGAAUCACAGGAUGAAGAAGGAUGGAGGUUUGAAGAAAACUCCCCUCCACCUUCUCUAUCCAGCCUCACAUCCAGGCACUCAACCAGUUGUAAUCAACCAUCCACCCACUUUGAUGAUGAAGAUGAGGACCCUGAACCUAUGCAGGAGAUUACACCUGCCCAGUGACUUCUGGAGGAGGUUACACCUGAAAUCUGCCCCAGUGACUCAUUUUUCCACUCAGCCUGCCUCACUGACUUCUGUCUGACUGAAUGUUAGAGUUACACAACACCAGAGAACUUUGUGUUUUAACAGCUGUUUAUGCUUUGUGUUUCAGGAGGUCCCAGUGAUUAGGAAGACUCU